AUGUCUCUUUCUUGCAAAGAAACGUAUGAUGUCAUUUUUCAUGUGUAUAUUCCAACGGAACUUCUGAAUGUUUAUGUUCGUAAAAGUAAUCUGUUUACAAAGGAGUUUAACAUCAUCAAAAUGGGGAAGAACAUGCAACAUAAGGAUCCACCAAACAUGCAGUUACAGACUGCUAAUUCGGGAGGUAUUAAUAAAAUAUUCCAUGCACUUAAUCGCCGUCACCGAUGGCAAAACGUCCGGAAAACGCUUCCGGAUAAACGGAAAGGUUCUGGAAAGCAUAUUAUAGAUGGGGAAACUAUCGAACAUGCAGCCACCACAAGUCAAGCACGUCAACUGCAGGGUAAUCAUAAAAAGAACAAAUCCGAAAUAGAACAUUCAGGCACAGAAGCUGGCCCCUUGACAUCUAAAGCCUCCAAGAAAUUUCGAAUAAGAUCUCUGAUCUCAGACGAAAUGAUCAAACGAAGGAAAAAAACUUCACCUCGUCGACGCUCUCCCUCCCCGACACGUUCCCCAAGUAAACGAAACGACAAAACUCCAACAAAAGUUACUCAAAAUAAUUGUGAGAGUCCCUCAACCAUGAAGAAAAGGAAGUGUAAUAUCUGUGCUGCGAUGUUAACUGUGAGUUAUCUGAGACAAAAAGCGCAAGCAUAUGAACAUCAGAAAAGCUUGGAAGAUCGAGAUCAAAACCAACAACGUAUACGGAAAUCCUCAGAUGGUCACAAGAAAGGACUAACAAAGUCUUUUUCGUUCCCCAUACUACGUGGAUUAACGAAAAGAAAAGAUUCCGAGAUAGAAGAACUUAAAAGUAAUUUGAGAGCUUGUAAAGAUAAAGAAACUACCAAGGAGAAAUUUAUAUUACCGAUGAAUCAAUGGAAGGAUGAUACCCUGUUUCCAAAACCGAUGCUAACCAGGCCAGCAUCUUUCAAAAGCCCUUCUUCACGUUCACAAAAGGAGAACAACCAAACUACCAAUCAAUCCAAGACUCUUAGACAAAAGAUAGGUAGAGUCAUGAAAGAGAACAAAGAGUGUCGUGAUAGUCGAGAGAGUCGAAAGAAGGAGAAGCGUAGGAUUCUUAUGGAUGCAGUUUUUCACAAGAUUCCUUAUGGUCGAAGGAAUUCCAAGGAUCCAAAAAAAGUUAGCCCCGAUAAGAUUAAAAGCAAUUCUACCACUAGUAGCACAGGAAGUCAUCGAAUGGCUGUCGUUGACAACGCAAAUCUUAAAAAAAAUGCGUCUACUGGUGAAGCAAUGAGCAAGUACCGAAAGCUACUAAGCCAAACAUCUGUUAGAGAGGACAAAGGUCAUCUCAAUGAUCACAAACCAAGGUUGUGUGUAGCUGGAGAUGUUUCUAGUGGCACAAAUGAGAGAAAAACACUCAAAAACAUUCACUCAUUACCUGCUAUUAGUCCCUCUGAUUUCACCCAAAACCAAGAGUUUCCAGUUAAAACGGAAAUGGAAACGCAGCAAAGUAUAGUCAAUGCAAUUGUUGAUGAUCAAAAGUCGUUAGAUCAUUAUGCAUUUACAGCCAAACUAAAUGUGCCUACUCCUGCUAUACAAAAUCUAGUCGAGGAAACCAAAUUAGUUGACAAACAUGGGACAGUUGGUAAAAAUUCUGGAGUAGGUCUAAGUACUUCCGAUCAUCAAGAAAAGAACGACCCCCAAAAGGAGUAUAGUUCAGCUAUUGAAAAUUCAACAAAGCAAACAAAAUUACAUGAAGAAGAUGAGGGCGUUGAUGCAGCUUUGAGUACUUCUGAUCAUCUAGAAAAGAUCAACGACCAAAAGGAGUCUAGUGCUGCCAUUGAAAAUGAGGUCAAGGAAACCAAAUUAGUUGACAAAGAUGAGGAUGUAGAUGAAAAACUUGUAAUGGGUUUAAAUUCUUCUGAUCUUCACGAAAAAAUUGACCAUAAAAAGGAGAGUAGUGCAGCCGAGGAAACUGAAUUAGUUGACAAAGAUGAUGAGGACGUUAAAGAAAAUCUUGGAGUGAGUCUAAAUACAUCAGAUCAUCAAGAAGAUAUCGACAACCAAAUGGGGUCUAGUGCUGCUAAUGAAAGUGAAACCAAUGAAACCAGUUUAAUUGAAAAGGAUGAGCUGGCCAUUGAAGAUAAUCUUGAUGCAAGUCUUAAUAGUUCUGAUCAUGAAGAAAAAACCGACAACCCAAAAGAGACUACUAAAGAAAGUCCAGAAAUUGAGGUUGAACAAGAUAAGUCCUUUAAUGAAAUUCUUGGAAUGUUCAAAACGGUUGAACAAAAAAAACUAGACGAGGAAAGUGAGCCUACUGAACUAAAGCUAGUAAUCAAGGGCACAACAGAUGACAAAGAUCAGGGUUUUGAUAAAGACGUAGAAGUCUGCGAAAAUUCUUUGGAUCAUGAUCAAGAAAAUGAAAGCUCACCAUUAACCUCUGGUCCCGAGGUUGAAGAUUUGAUGCAAGAUUCAAUACUUGAGUCACCUUCUCUAAUAGACAUACCACAAUCUCCAUUAGAAGAAUUUUCUGAUGAAAACCAACAAUACUUGUUCUCUAUUGAUGAUCAACCAUCUACCUCAGACCAACCAUCUAUUCAUAACAAAAGACCUAACAUUGAAAAACCUAUGGCCAUUAGUGCAAAGAGUAGAGUGAAUGAUAAGAUGCAAAGAAAUGGAUUUUUACACUUGGAUUUAAACUCAGUCAAGGACAACACCGAGUUCCAAUUUGUUAAAGAGGUGAUGGAGCGAUCAGGUUUUCUUGACAAUGAAGUUCUUGGAGAAUGGUAUUCUAGCUACCAACCAAUUGAUCCUUUAUUAUUUGAGGAAGUGGAAGCUACUUUCCUUCAAACAAACAAUCUUGAAGAGCUGGAUUCCAUGAAGGAUGGGGAAGCUGCUCAAAAGAUCAUCAACGACCAUCAUCUUCUUCUCUUUGAUUUAAUCAAUGAGUCUUUACUGGAGAUUCAUAAUAAAACGUGCACUUUUUGCCCAAAUGCAUUGAUUUAUGGUUCAAAGGUUCGCCCAAUGCCUGUAGGAUACCGUGUUCUGGAAGAGGUAUGGGAUAUUGUUAAUAUGUACCUGAGUUGGAGACAAGAUCUUCAACCCUCAUUAGAUGAUGCAGUAUUGAGCCGUGAUUUGCAGAAAGGGGAUGGUUGGAUGAACCUCCAGGCUGAUGCAGAGUUUGUAGGCAUUGAACUUGAAGAAAUGAUUGCUGAUGAUCUGUUAGAUGAGCUUGUUUUUGAUGAUCUAUUGAUGUAAAGAGACAAUCUGUUUAUACGAAUAAAAAGCACUUGGCGUAUCUUUGUUUUGUCCAAAAGAUGCACCAAGAUGGUGUAGGAUCUCUCUUUCACUACACACUUGCACAAAACAUAUAUAGAUUGUAUACAGACAAAAGGAUUUGAAAACGUGUUAUGUAUGGGUUG